AUGUCUUCGUCUCCACCGUUCGAUAUCCCGACGCUUGCCGAUCUUGGCGUCGACCCAACAGCGUUGGAGGAACUUUCCCCUAUCGCAGAAGCUAACAAGUGGUUGACCGCGUUCAGCGCGAAUGUUCGCAACAAGGCCACUGGACUGACGACUGAUUUGUUUCACCCGUUUGGGUUUUGGAAAGACAUUCUAGCUCUCACCUGGGAUUUCCGUACCAUACGCGGUGCAGAGGCCAUUAGAAAAUUGCUGGAUGACCGCCUUGACCUGAUUGGACUGGCGCCACUCUGCCUUGCUGAAGAUCAUCUUCGUGCUCCGGUGUUGGUGAAACCGAUUCCCGGAGUGGUCUUCCUACGACUUUGCUUUGAGUUCGAGACUAAACAGGGUAAGGGCAUUGGGAUUGCCUUCCUCGUGCCAACACCGGAUACCCAAUGGAAGGCAUGGUCCCUCCUCACACGUCUGGGAUCACUGAAAGACUACCCAGAAAGAGCAGGCACAUUACGCGACCAUGCAAUCCGUCAUGAUUGGAGUGAGGAGCAGUCUCAUGAAGUAAUUGGGGACCCAACAGUCCUUAUUAUCGGUGCUGGGCACAGUGGUCUGGAUAUUGCUGCUAGACUAAAGUAUAUGGACACUUCGGCCCUUGUCAUCGAUCGAAGCGCACGCAUAGGAGAUAAUUGGAGGAAACGUUACAAAUCACUCUGUUUGCAUGAUAUAGUCUGGUUUAAUCAUCUGCCUUACCUCCCGUUUCCAUCGACGUGGCCUGUGUUUUGCCCUGCUGCAAAGCUCGCAGACUGGCUUGAAUUUUAUGCGAAAGCUCUAGAAUUGAAUGUGUGGUUAUCAUCUAGAGUAGUGACGACAAGCUGGAAUGAAGACACAAAGACCUGGGUCGUUUCUGUCCUGCGUGAGGGUGUUCUAAAAACAAUGACGGUGAAACAUCUCGUCUUCUCCACCGGUCACGGUGGUGGAUUCCCCAAAAUGCCAGAUAUCCAAGGAAAGGCUAGUUUCGGCGGAACGGUCUUGCAUUCCUCACAAUACCAUUCGGCCGCGGAGUACGCUGGAAAGAAAGUUAUCGUGGUCGGUUCUGCGAACUCAGGGCAUGAUAUUGCAAUGGACCUGUAUCGACGCAACGCUGAAGUGACAUUGAUUCAACGAUCAUCAACAUACGUUAUCUCCUUGGAUGCUAGCAUUUCCUCUUUAAAAGGUUUCCGAAAAAGGUACAAUGAAAACUCUUCAGUUGAAUUUUCAGAUCUGCUUGGCUCUGCACUCCCCUGGCCAAGUCUUCUACCGUUAUUGCGAGCCGAGACAGCGCGCGCCGCGAAUGUCGACAAGAAUCUGAUUAAGGAUCUCGAAAGCGCUGGAUUCAGAACCAACCUUGGGAUCGAUGAUGCUGGGCUGUUACCUUUGAUAUACGCAAGAGGAGGUGGCUUUUAUACAGAUACUGGCGCUUCUGGGGAGAUCAUCAAAGGGAAUAUCAGAAUCAAAAGUGGUUGUUCCAUCCAGCGGUUCACUUCUGACGGUCUGGAGUUUGACGACGGGUCUCACGUGGGAUGUGACGCUGUUAUCUUUGCCACUGGAUUUGGUGAAUUACGAGAUUCCAUAAGGGAAGUGUGCGGAUCAGAGAUAGCAAAUCAGGUUGGUCCAAUUUGGGGGUUAGAUAACGAGGGCGAGCCCCAAGGUGUGUGGAGAAGAACGGGGCAACCGCGUCUGUGGAUCGGCAUGGGUAAUCUAGGUCGUUCUCGUUUCCAUAGUCUGCACCUUGCGCUCCAAAUUAAAGCGUUGGAGGAGGGUGUAAUCACUGAUGAUGGUGUCUAUGCAAAGUGACCAGCGCCUGGAAACGUAUCUCUACACCCGAUGAGAAUUGUUGAAUGCAAGCGUAUUACCGCCCUUCCCCUUCA